AUGGCCGACCUUAGAAAUGUUAAAUAAGAAGAUUUAAUCUAUUUUUUCCAAAUAAAAUACUUACAUUAAAUGAGAAGAAAAACAAAACCUUAAAUCUAUCAACCUCAAAUUAAUGAAACCAAAAUUACUAAAUCAAAUUCAUUUCAUAUUCCAUCUUCUAAUUUAAGUUCUUAGAAUCUAUUUAAUUCAUUUGCAAACACUAAGUAACAAAAAAAGGAGAAUAAUAAAUUAUAAUUGAAAGCUUCAAGCAUUUCAACAAAACAGUUAAAUCAAAUUUUCAUUAAUAAUCGAAAUAUUAUAAGAAGACAAAGAAUGUCUUCUAUAUAAAAUUAACCUGAAAAGUGUUUAGAUUCAUUGAUCACAAGGAAAAAAAGUACUCAUUCCACCUUCAUUGAAACUAGCUAAAAAAGAAUUAUGGGUAGUUAAUAAAUGUAAAUAAAGAAAAGUGUGAUUGGCUUUCUAAACCAAAUAAGCUACAUUUAGAAAAAAGUAGAAUUAAACAGAUAAGACAUGAUACAAUUAAUGGAGAGACCUUUAAGAAUUUAAAUGGAUGGUAAAUUGAGAAUGAACAAGAUUAUGAUUUUUGAUUUAAAUAGGAUAGG